AUGCCCGCCCCGCAGAAGAAAAUCCUCUUCUGCCUGGCUGGGGCGUUCAGCUUCGUGUGCGCCCUGGGGACCGCAGCCGCCAUCGGCACCCAGCUGUGGGUGAGGGGAACCAUCCUCUGCAAGACGGGCGCGCUGCUGGUCAACGCCACCGGGCCGGAGCUGGAGAAGUUCAUCGGGGAGAUCCGCUAUGGGCUCUUCCACGGCGAGCGAGUGAGGCAGUGCGGGCUCGGGGGGAGGCCCUUCCAGUUCUCAUUUUUUCCAGACUUGCUCAAGAUUAUCCCUGCGAGCAUCCACGUCAGCGUCAUUCUCUUCUGCACAGUGCUGAUCAUCUUCACGCUGGUGGGAACGGGCUUUUUCCUGUACAAUGCCUUCGGCAGCCCCUACGAAACACUGCAUGGCCCCGUGGGGCUGUACCUGUGGAGCUUCAUCGCCUGUGAGUACCCUCUGCAGGCUGCGCAUCCACUGCAGCGUUCCUGCGGCUGCCUCAUCAUGAUCCUCUUCUCCUCCGAGGUGAAGAUCCACCACCUCUCAGAGAAAAUUGCUAACUUUAAGGAGAAAAGUUUCACGUUUAAGACCCACAGUGAACGGUUUGCAGACUCCUUCUGGAUCAUCCUGGCCUGCUCCCUGGUGCACUUCCUCAACACGCUGCUGAUACGCCUGGCCGGGUUUGAGUUCCCCUUCUCUAAACCCAAGGACUCGGGGACAGCCACUGGUGCCGCAGACCUGAUGUACUAGAGUCACACAGAGUGAGGACAGAGGUGUUCAUCACUGCUGCCCUCAGCAGCCGCCACCCACACCAGCUUUUAAGGAAGUUAAAAACAAGAGAAGGUUUCAGA